CAAGUUCGGUGGAUGAAACGUUGGGAAACUCCAUGCCUGACCUAAAAACAUUCCCAUAAAUUGGUGGUCGCAUUGCAACUUCAUUGGAUUUUCUUUCCUUUUUUGCGCCAAGGAAAUGGUGUAAUAUAAACAGGCUUUGACUGUAGAGAGAGAGAGAGAGAGAGAGAGAGAGAGAGAUGAGAUUUGUAGGUUACAUAGCGCAAUGGAGAAGCGCAGCGAAGGAGGCGUUGGAUCGCACAGCCAUCACUGUGAAAUUCCUGUGCUGGCUUCACUUCACCGGCAACUACCUCUGUUCCCCAUGUCACACCUAUGGGGUUAGCAUGCUCCCCACCCUCAACGUCGCCGGCGACGUUCUUCUCGCCGACCACCUCUCGCCGCGGCUCGGGAACAUCGGCCACGGAGACUUGGUGCUUGUUCGGUCCCCUCUGAACCCUAAGAUAAGGCUGACGAAGCGCGUCGUCGCUGUGGAAGGGGACACCGUCACCUACUUCGACCCUUUGCACUCUGAGGCUGCUCAAGUUGCAGUGGUGCCAAAGGGACAUGUUUGGAUUCAAGGGGAUAACAUUUAUGCUUCCCGUGAUUCACGGCAUUUUGGUCCUGUUCCAUAUGGUCUUAUAGAAGGAAAAGUGUUUUUCCGGGUAUGGCCACCUGAUAGCUUUGGACCACUAGGCCGUUGACGAAAUUUUAAAGGAGUGCUUAUGGUUAGUCAUCUUGCGAAAUGCACCUAAUUAUACAUGCAUGGAGCAUCAAUGAUUUUCAUGAAGGUGCUAUUUGCAAGAGAAACAUCUGACGUGCAUGCUCCCUUUUGGCAAGAUAAGACACAUGUUUUGGGGUCUGUUUGAGUACUGUGUAGUAUCAAUUACUGGUGAAAGAAUAGAAUGCAAGCUUAACAUGGAGAAGAAUUGGUUAGGAAUCAUGUAUUUUAUUCACAAUUUUCUUUUUAAAUUAUAUGCUGGGUUGGGUUUCCUUGUUUUUCCUUACCCAAUGUCAAUUUAUACCGCAUUAUGAUUAUUUUAUUUGUUAUGUUGAACGUUGCUUUUUAUGUCUUCAAAUUAUAGUGGUGACCAAAAUAAACUGUGGCUAUGAGGGUUGUGCAGAUACAAUUCUCUUUGGUAUUGUUGGCUUAA